GGUGCUUAUAAAUAACAUUGUGCAGCACACUUUUCGACAAAAUGUUAUCCAUAGGAAAUCAGGUGGGGGAUUAAACAAUACCCCAUAUUCCCCCUUUAAUACGCCCAUGCAACAGACCUCUUGUAUGUGUACGGCAAUCGAUCGCUGAUUGAGCGUACCCCUAGUAGGUUUUGAUCAGUUCUGAGUGGCAUGUCUUGCACAGCGGUUUAAUCGAAGGUGCACAGACUUUUAAUACAAUUUCGCGAUCUAUAAAAGCAAUUCCAAGCGACGGUGUUUUGGAACAUGAUUGUGACUUUCCAGUUUCCUUUCGUGAACCUCCAUAUAACCGAGCAAUGUUAUUUCAUGAGAGCGCCGCCAGUAUGGAACAGAGGAUGCCCGAGAAUUUAGCUCGAAUGAAAGGCCCUGAUCCGAUGGAAAGUGAUCCGACGACAAAAGAGUCCUGUGCCCCGACUACCGUAGUUAUUUCGACGCCAUCCACCACCACGAGCACCACCAAAUUAAAGCUGAGUUUUAGUGUUGACCGGCUACUGGCCUCCGAGCCAGCGAAGCGAAUAUCGAAUCUCGAACGACGAAACAUACUCCGGUCCCUGCAAGUACGAUACCGGCGACAACGCACACAUCCCCCUAUGUAAAACUUAACCAACUAUAUCCUAC